AUGUCUGAGCUAAGCUCAGGCGAGUCAGCCGACGGGAGCGCUGGGGGCGAACUGGCCAGGCUGGGGCCCAGUCAGCAGCUGGGUCCGCCUCCGCCGCGCCCAGGCCGGGCCUCCUGCGUACCGGGCGUGCCUGGGCGAGGCGGGCGGAGCGUGGCGGGGGCUGGCGGCUGGGCCGGUCCGGCGGGUGGCAGGGCGCGCGGGCCCCGGCUGGCUCCGGCGCCGGGUCCGGGCGCCAUGGAGGGGCUGCGGCGCGGGCUAUCACGCUGGAAGCGCUACCACAUCAAGGUGCACCUGGCCGACGAGGCGCUGCUGCUGCCGCUGACCGUGAGGCCUCGGGACACGCUCAGCGACCUGCGCGCCCAGCUUGUGGGCCAAGGCGUCAGCUCCUGGAAGCGCACUUUCUACUACAACGCGCGGCCGCUCGACGAUCAUCAGACGGUGCGCGACGUGCGUCUGCAGGACGGCUCGGUGCUGCUGCUUGUCAGCGACCCCAGGUGGUGGGGGGCAGGGGAUCUGGGGGUGAGGAAACCAGAGGAUGCCCGUGAGCACGUGAGUCAGGGUCCCUUCAUUGGCUCCCUCCUCUCUCGCGUCAAAGCCCACGUCCUUCCUGCGGCAGCCAGAGGGCGCCCCCUGGCCCGGCCCCAGCUCGCUCUGCUCCGCCCUCCAGGAGCUCAGCAAUUCGCCUGCGCACAGAUGCUAGACCGAGAAAAUGAAUUGGGCCUGGCUCGGGCGGCUUCCCCCCUGCUCUCCGUCAAUAACAGCCAUAAAGCAGAAUUUAUGCGGCGCUGCUGGCUCCGGAUGGAAAUGGGGGGGAGGGGCAACAUUCUAGAAAAGUCAAUCGCUCGCCAGGGGCGGCAGGCCGAGGCUGGGGCUUUGGGACAGAGCCACCUCCCUGCUGUCCUUCUGGGUGAACUGGCUCUUCUCCAUUCCCACUCCAGCCACAGUCCCCCAGGGCAGCUCUGGAGAUGCCCAACGGCCUCCCUUCUGCCGUCCCCAGUGGGACUUAUCACACAACCACAGAAGUUCAUCAUGGGGAGGCAGUGGCCAGCCCUGGCCCUAAUGGUCACCAAAACCUUGCUGAUCCUGCUGGUACUGCUGGGGCCCUCACAGGCCGUGGUACGAGCCAUCCUGGACAGUAACUCCAGCUCUGUGGACUUUGAGGACUUGCCCGCCCUCUUUGGGGUCCCCUUAGCCCCAGAGGGUCUUCGUGGCUACCUGAUGGAAGCCAAGCCGGCCAACGCAUGCCAGCCCAUUGAAGGCCCACGGCUGGGCAACAGCUCUCUGGGUGCCAUCGUCCUGAUCCGCCGCUACGACUGUACAUUUGACCUUAAGGUGCUGCACGCCCAGCGGGCUGGCUUCGAGGCAGCCAUCGUGCACAACGUCCGCUCUGAUGACCUGGUGCGAAUGGCCCACGUGUACGAGGAUCUGCGGCAGCAGAUCGCUAUCCCGUCCGUGUUCGUGGGCGAGGCCGCCUCGCAGGACCUGCGGGUCAUCGUGCGCUGCGACAAGUCUGCCCAUGUGCUCCUACUGCCCGAGUAUCCACAGUGCUCCGACCUGGACUGUUACCCUGUGUUGACCGUGUCCUGGGUGUUGGGCCGCGCCCUGGCCCUGCUUGCAUCUACCUUCCUUGUCCUCCGCCGCUUGUGGCACUGGCUGUGGGCCUGGUGGCACCGAGGGCCUGUGGUCAAGACAUCAACUCGACAGAAGGCACAGGUACGCACCUUCACGAGGCACAACGACCUGUGUGCCAUCUGUCUGGACGAGUACGAGGAAGGUGACCAGCUGAAGAUCUUGCCCUGCGCCCACACCUACCACUGUAAAUGCAUUGACCCCUGGUUCGCCCAGGCCACCCGCCGCACCUGCCCUGUGUGUAAGCAAUCGGUGGCUGGCACGGAGGACGGCUCGGACUCCACAGUUGAGAGCUUCAACGACGAGGAUUCCGUCCUGCCCGGUCCCCAGCCGCCCAUCUGGGUCAUCCAGGCCCGGCUGCGUUCCCGGAGGCUGGAGCUGAUGACCCGAGCCAGCCAACACUGCCGCUGCAGUGCCACGUCUAUGGGGAUGUCCUCGGAGGGGACCUCACCACCCCACUGA